CCUCAUGUCGCGCAUCGCUUCGACAGCAUUUACACCGGUAAUCGCGGCACAGAAUAAUGUCUAGUCGCGAAUGUUUCUGAAUUCAUCGUUUCGUAUUAACUUGAAAAAAUUUUUCCAUUAUUAUCAACAAAUUUUACACUCGAAACCACUUCACGAAGCAACACUUCACCUUAAAUUCGUGCCAAUUUUGUAAAAAAAUUGACAGACCGAUGAAAAUUAUUAAUACAUGCAGUUAAUAAGUUUUUCUAAUCUAUAAAAUAUAGUUAGAAUAAAUUUUAGAAUUCGCGAGGAAAGAGGGAAUAAAUUAUUGGAUUAAGAAUUGCCUGUGAUUUUAUCAAAUUGGCCUCUGAUUGCACGGCAUCGCGAUACGGCUGACAUAUAACGAGACCGGAAGAGUACUAUUGCUCCGAUACCGCGGCAAACAGUCUUCACUAUUCUCCAGCAUCGUUCUUCCUCGGUACAACCGGCGCUAUUACUGAAGUGUGGUCUAAAUAUAGAUAAGAACGCGUGUUUUUGACGUAAAUCGCGUCGCUCUUUUUAUUCCGAUUCAACUUGCCACCGAGGUUUACCUAUAUCGACGCUAUCGAGGAUCACUUUCGUACCAUGAAGAGCUUUGCCCUGCGAAUUCUUCUUACAUCUUGCGUUCUAGGAUUAACGAAAGCUGAUGCCAACACUACACUACUGAAGCCAGAGCGUAACCAUAAUGGCGCCGAGAGAUUAUACUGUCCAGCGAAUGAUGGAAAUCAACCGGUCGACCGACACGACAGUUCUCUACAGCUGAGACAACUGAGAUCCGAGAUGAUUCGAGUGGCAGCAGUUCAAGGGCCAGCUCUCGAUGGCUACAUCAUCACAUCGGACGACGAACAUCAAACAGUGAGCUUCGUUUCUUAUGGCCGUGAUGGCCCUCUGGAGAGCGAGUCCGUGGAUCCACAUGAUAUGAGAAGAGAAUUUCUUACUGGAUUCUCCGGAAGUGCCGGGAAAGCUCUAGUUACUAUUGAUAAAGCAGUAUUUUGGACUGAUGGUCGAUAUCAUGUUCAAGCAAAUCAUCAGCUAGAUUGCAACUGGAUUUUAAUGAAGCAAGGUGAACACAACGUACCAACGUUAACAGAAUGGUUAAUGCAAGAGUUUGAAAAUCGAUCUGAAGUACGUAUUGGUGCCAAUCCAAAACUAAUAUCUGCAUUUACAUGGGAGGCGUGGGAAAACGAAUUGGCGAAUUCGUCCGUAAGAUUGGUCGCGGUCCGUAACGACCUGGUGGACUUGAUCUGGCAGGUGGGCCGGCCUGAGUACAAUUCGCACGCGGCGUAUCCGCUAGCGGACAAGUACUCCGGCAAACCAUGGCAGGAGAAAGUACAGAGUAUCCGGCUGGAAAUGGAGCUCUCGUCGGCCGAUGCGCUCGUCGUCACCGCGCUGGACGAGAUAGCGUGGCUCUUCAACGUCCGCGGCUACGAUCUACCGCACACGCCUGUCCUCAGGGCCUACGCGAUUGUUACUAACGCAUCCCUGCACCUCUACGCGCCUCGUCAUAAGAUCCUGCGGUCCGUCGACAUACAUUUGAAAAUCGACUCUUGCUCUCAUGCGAACUGCGUCAAAUGGCACAAUUACACAGACAUUUGGUACGAUUUAAAGACUAUGUCUCAAGUCUGGAAUACAGUGUGGCUUCCGUCACCGUACGGUUAUUCGCCGGGUGCGUCCAAAGAAAUAUACAAUUCCAUUCCACCAGAGAAACUAUUAGCUAAGGCCUCGCCUAUAAUCGAUCUAAGAGCGGAGAAAAACAAAGUCGAAGUGGAAGGUAUGAGAAGAUCUCAUCUGAAGGACGCGAUGGCCAUGUGUGAUUUCCUGGCCUACAUGGAAGAACAGUACAAAUUGAACUCCGAAGGAUGGGACGAAAUGCAAGUGGCGAGAGUGAUCAAUGAAAUUCGUUAUGAGCAAGGUGGCAAUAAAGGUAUUUCCUUCCCAACGAUCGCAGCGUACGGGCCGCACGCCGCAAUGCCGCAUUACGAACCGAAUAACUUGACCAAUAUUAAAAUCGGGACCACAUCCACAUUAAUGCUCGACUCUGGAGGACAAUACUUAGAUGGUACCACAGACGUGACCAGAACUCUUCACUUUGGAGUGCCGACCGAUGAGCAGAGAAAUGCUUACACGAGAGUGCUGACCGGUUCGAUUGAAUUAGCGUCUUUGAUCUUUCCCAGUGAUCUGACGGUAGACCAAUUAGACGUUAUUGCGCGAAGACCGUUGUGGAGCACCGGUUACGAUUACAUGCAUGGGACUGGUCACGGAAUCGGUCACUUUUCUUCAGUACACGAAUCGCCGAUCAUCUUGUCGUAUUUUGGGUGCAAAAAUUCAAUCACAGGAUGUUCCAAGUUGAAGCCAGGAUUCUUUCUUUCAAACGAACCGGGAUAUUACAAAGAAGAUGAUUUCGGAGUUCGCUUAGAGAAUAUCCUCGAAGUAAUUCCGGCUGACAAAUUGCCUCAUAAUGGACAAAGAUUUCUCAAAUUCAGAGACGUCACUUUGGUCCCGUACGAGCCGAAACUUAUUGAUAUUACUAUGCUAACUCCACUGCAUCGGCGUUGGCUAAAUAAUUACAAUAAACGUAUACGGAAAGAAGUCGGCACAGAGUUGAAGAAGAAUUUAAAAAUGAAAGCAUUUUACUGGAUGAUGGUGAAAACUACGACCAUUCCAGAAACAGGUUCAGGCGACUAUUUCUUCGCUGAUUCUCAAGCGAUGCCGUCUACCAGUAGGCAAUUCCAUAUUUUAGUUGUAAUCGUUGCCGUUUAUCACAUUGUAGAAAAUUUCACAAGACUAAGCUGAUUGAAUUAAAAAAACGUGUCGAUCUUGCCAAGUUUUAAAACGCAUUGCAGCGAAACUUUUUUUAUCUUAAGAUACAUCAUUUCCAAAGGUUGAUGUAGAGUAUUAUGUAAUUAGACAAGAGAGAAACAUAGAAAUAAACUUUAAUAAAUUAUUUUUCUAUAUACAUA